AAUAACCUCCAGCCAGUCCGUCACUCCCCUCUUCACUUGAUGAAACCCCAAGGUAAACUUUGAGAAGACGGCUAAAAAGUUUCUGGCGACUCAAUGUAGUCGUUUAAUAAAGCACUCGCUGUAAAAUGAAGGCCAUGACAUCCGAAGCAGCCCGGGAAAUGAAGUCUUCGCUUUGAAGCGCAACUCGAAGUACAAAUGGACAAGACGCGCAGGUUCAUUCUGGGAAUAAUAUCAGCUGUGGUCCUAUGCAAAUACUCCCAAGCUGAAUGGAAUACCACAAAGACACCAGAGAACAGGACUGUGUCCUGCGAUCACCAUGACAACUGCACAGAUUCAGCUGACGACCACAUCUGGAGCGGACACUUCUCUAAAUGUCCAAGAGAAUACAAGCAUUACUGUAUCCAUGGUGUUUGCCGUUUUGUAAAAGCUCAGAACACUCCUUCGUGCAGAUGUGAAAAGGGAUAUAUCGGCACUCGGUGUGAAUAUCAUGAUCUCGAUCAACUCGUAGAAGAACGAAAGAAAAUAGUGAUUGCAUGUGUGGUGGCAGGUUUGGUCUUUCUGAUUCUGCUCAUCGUAUUCAUAUGCGUCUGUACACACAAACGAUAUAAACCAUGUCGAAAAAAGAAGAGAAAAAAGGAAACGAGCGAUGAAGAUGAAAAGCUGAGUUCACUAAACGCGCAUGAAGCUGUAACUGCUCCGCUCGAUACAUCUGACACAAAUGCUGUAUGAAUGACAAUGAAGUGAUCCUGCCAAGGUUGCUAAUGGCAUGAUUGUAGUGAGGAAACGAGGACUCGUCCUGCUGAGUGAUGAAAACGGUGCUUUACGGUAAUCCUGAGUGGACUUUAAAUGAACUUUGGAGAUAUGGUGUGAAAGGUAACCUUUGCCAUUCUCUGUGCUACUGUUUACCUCAUUCUUCAUGCCACAACUCAUUUUCACGCUUUUCAGAAGAAAAGUUGGAAAUGAACUGAACGUGUAUGCCUUCAGAAUGGCUGUAAUGAGAACGUGUAUCAUAAUUUAAGAGGGGAUAUGCAAUAUGCUGAAUGCAAACAAAGCAGAUUUAUCUUGGUUUAAUUUUAAGCCUAUUUAUAUUGCAUAUGAUGCACAGAAUAUUAAAAAAAGGUUACCAUAUAUUACAUUCGAUAGAUGGUUCAAUUAAGUUAAAUAUUAUAUUCACCGUUUCAGUGGUGUCUGGAAACAGUUCUCCCUACAUUUAACGGACCAAAAUGUUCUCUUAACUUGGAUUUAUUUAUUAACAUGUAUAUAGAAAAUGUGUUGUUUUGUUUGGUGUUAAGAGUAUAUUUUAAAUUCUGAAAUUACCAUUAAUGUGUGUUUUUUUUUUUUUUUUUGAGAGAGAGAGAUAAGUAUUAG